GUGCCCCGCCCACAGCCCAGCCUGGGAGUCGGAGCAGCGCGGGCGCAGCCUCCGGCGCUGCAGACUAGGCGGUGUUGCUCCCAGGAUGAGGGCGCCCGCACUACUGACCUGCUGCUGCUGCUGCUGCUGCUGCUGGCUGCUGGUCCCCGUGAACAGCAUUCACCCAGAAUGCCGAUUUCAUCUGGAAAUACAGGAGGAAGAGACGAAAUGUUCAGAGCUUCUAAGCACUCAAACAGAAAAGCACAAAGCCUGCCCUGGCAUCUGGGACAACCUCACAUGCUGGCAGCCUGCGGAACUGGGUGAGACAGUCACUGUGCCCUGCCCUGUGGUGUUCAGCAACUUCUACAGCAAGUCAGGAAACAUAAGCAAAAACUGCACAAGUGAUGGAUGGUCAGAGACAUUCCCAGAUUUCAUAGACGCAUGUGGCUACAAUGACCUCGAGGACGAAGGCAAGAUCACGUUUUAUAUUCUGGUGAAGGCCAUUUACACCCUGGGCUACAGUGUCUCUCUGAUGUCUCUUGCAACUGGAAGCAUAAUUCUUUGCCUCUUCAGGAAGCUGCACUGUACCAGAAACUACAUCCACCUGAACCUGUUCCUCUCCUUCAUUCUGAGAGCUGUCUCUGUCCUGGUCAAGGACGACGUCCUCUACUCCAGCUCAGGCACGCUGCAUUGCCCCAACCAGCCCUCCUCUUGGGUCAGCUGCAAGCUCAGCCUGGUCUUCUUCCAGUACUGCAUCAUGGCGAACUUCUACUGGCUCCUGGUGGAGGGGCUGUACCUGCACACACUCCUGGUGGCCAUCUUCUCCCCCAGCAGGUGCUUCCUGGCCUACCUGCUGAUCGGAUGGGGAAUCCCCACCAUUUGCAUUGGAGUGUGGACAGCUACCCGGCUCUCUUUAGAAGACACAGGUUGCUGGGACACAAAUGACCACAGCGUCCCCUGGUGGGUGAUCCGGACACCCAUUCUGGUCUCCAUCCUAGUCAAUUUUGUGCUCUUCAUCAGCAUCAUAAGGAUUUUACUGCAGAAGCUGACGUCCCCGGAUGUGGGCGGCAAUGAUCAAUCCCAGUACAAGAGGCUGGCCAAGUCUACACUGCUGCUCAUCCCGCUGUUUGGUGUCCACUACAUGGUGUUUGCAGCCUUCCCCAUUGGCAUCUCCUCCCAGUACCAGAUCCUGUUCGAGCUGUGUGUCGGGUCCUUCCAGGGCCUGGUGGUGGCGGUGCUCUACUGCUUCCUGAACAGUGAGGUCCAGUGCGAGCUGAAAAGAAGGUGGCACAGCCUAUGCCUGACUCAGCCUGGGGGCCGAAACUACCGGCUGCACAGCUGGUCCAUCUCCCGGCAUGGCUCAGAGAGCGCCCUGCAGAUCCACCGGGGCUCCCGUACCCAGUCCUUCCUACAGACGGAGACCUCAGUCAUGUAACUGUUCUGCGAGGUGUUUCCUCCUGCUGCCCCCUUGCCACCACUGGGCUGGUCCACAGCUUGCCCCUCCUUAACAUAAUCCCCUCCUCGGCUCAGUGCUGUGUGUGGAACAGGCAGCCUUGUGAUAGAUUUGAUGUAAGUGCACAUUAUUGUUAAAUGGCAGCAUUUAGAUCAUUUUGCUCAUAAUGUUGCUCAGCUGUGUAAGUGGAUCCACUUUGAACAUGAACCGGAGAGACCAGGCAGCCCUAAACGUCAGAAUCAACAUCCGUGACCUGGAGCUGUGGCCAGAGGCUACAAAAGAGUUCUUAGGUUCUGCUGACUCUGCCCAGCACAGGUCCUGUGGUGGGAGCCAGGCCUAGACCUGGGCUGGGCAUUGCCCUGGAAGCCCACAGGAUGCUGGACAGAAGCUGGGAGCUCAAACCACAACAGACGAGGGGUGGUCAGCAAGUACAGCAGCCUCCCCUCCCUCUCUCCUGGUCCCUGACCAUGUCCCCAAAAGGCUGUGCACCCAACAUCCCAGACCCAACCACUGGGGGAAAGCAGGAUAACUCAAGGAGGGCCUGGCCCCAAACCCAAUCCUGCAUUGGCAGAGGGCUGCUCUACCCAGGCUGGUAAUAGGCCCAAGGGACAGGUGUUACCUGGGAGAAACAGCAAACCUAUUCUCUUUUUGAUGAGAAUAUUAAAGUUAUUUCUGUUUCAAUGGAGAAUUGUUUUAACAAUAUAUAAAAUGGUAUGAAGCCUCCUGUCUGGUAUUUGCAAACAGCAGCCCUUGCUUUCUAUUCUUUGAAGUGUCUGCAGAUCCCAAGGAAAUUGCUGACAUGGCCACAGAGGCAGACAUGGGUGGGAGGGGCACCCUCCUAUCCCUAGACCAAGCCCUUGGCCCCGCAGCACUCGGGCCUGCAGGAUCAGCCCAGCAGCUGCCCCUGUGAGACCCAGCACUUGUCCCUCAAGCUGAGGUCUUCAGAGUGUCCCUGGCGGCUUUGGUGGCCAUGUGGACCCUGGCCAUCCAGGUACUGGUGAUCACCAUGGAGGUGCUCAGGCCAGAGGCUGGGGGGCCAGGAGGCAGCAAAGAACAAGACCCCACACCCAUGUUCCUGGGAGUAAGAUGGGACAUGGGCCUUGGGACAGCAGAGCCAGCCCAAGUCUGCUCCCUUAUCCAGCCGAGCCAUCCCUGGAUGCCUCCCCAGUACUGCAGAUAAGGUCCCUGUUUCUGCAAUCACAGUGGGGUGGGCAGCUCAGGGGAUCCAGAGGCCCCAAGCCCUAACCUUUAUGGGAGCAUGGGAGACAGGUGACCUGGGACUGGGUAUGAGGGCUACAGCUACUGAGAGGAGCACAGGUGAAUAAAGAGAGCUCCGGCUCAAUUUGUCUCUCCAGCUGUUGGAAGGAAGUGAAAUGUUGCUGGUGUCUAGGUGUGGGUUGUGCACCGUGGACCUUGAUCACUGGUGUGGACAUUGCCCACACAUGGAAUGUGCUUGCCUGUCUAAGCAAGUGCCUAGGGACAGAAAGAAGACUCUGUAAACAGGGCUGAGGGAACUGACUAGUAGCAGUGAUCACUGUAUGCUCUGAUGUGUCCCAAGUCCAUGUGUGAUGUCACAAGCCCACCUUUUGGAGAAGAGCUAUGUAGAUGCGGCUGUAAACCUGGUGUCACAUCUGUCCUGGGUACAGAUUUUCUGUGAUAUUCAGUACAGUGCCGCAGGCAGAAUCCUGCUGGCCACAUGGCUCCUUCAAGGAUGCUUCCCUGGAGGCUGUACCUGACCCUUCAGGUCCUCAGGAAGAAGGCAGGUCUGAGGUGGCUAAGGAGUAUGUGUGGCAGCUGGGGUAUGUGGCCUAACUACCUUCCCUGCCCUCAGCUCCUCAGCUCCCCAGAACCUGAAGACCUAUCAUCCAGGACCAGAGUGGGACUCAGUGCACAUGUGUAUGUGUGUGUGUGUGUACCUGAUAGGAUGUGCAUACAUGUGUAUGUACACAUGGAAGGGCGUGCAUGCCUGUAUGUGUGCACAUAAGAGGGCGUCCAUGUCUGUGUGUAUAUGUGUGUUUGUUUAUACGUGUGUGUGCUUACCCUUAACUAUAAUUAUGCCAUAGACAGAGAAAAAAUAUUUCUACUCCACACUCAACCAAACUGCUGGAUUGCCAAGAGGAACAUGACACAGGGCUAAAAAUCAGGCUCUCAGAAGGCCAAACUUAGAAAUGGAGCCAAGCAGAGCACUGUCUGCUGAUCAGAGCAAAGCAGGCUAGCCAAGGAGGAGGGCCAGUGCAGGUCCUGCUGACGAGAAGGUGUGAGCUCCGUAAGGUAGGAAGUAUUGGGGAGAUGCUGAAGGAGAGUUGACCUGAUGGGAGGGCUGAGGGCUCUGAGGACACCCUCUGCAGGAUGAACAGUGAUGAACACAGCAGAGUCAGAAUUUCAGCUCCGGGGCAGUGACACACUGGGUCCUCCUUGCUCCACUGAGGUAGUCAUCGCAAGCACUGCUGUUGGUCUAGGAUUUUCCUGUCUACCAAACAGAUCUUUCCCCCUCUCCUUCUCUGUUUACUCAUGGAAAUUAGGUCGCCUUGUACAGAGGUUCUGCAGCCUGCUUUUUCCAAUUAAGACAGAAUGGAGCUCCUUCCAUCUAAAUGUCCAAAUGUGCAUUUUUAUUGAGACAGUCUCACUAAGUGGACCAGGCUGGCCUCAAACUUGAGGUCCUCCUGCCUCAGCCUCUCUCAUACCUGGGUUUGCAGGUGUGUGCCACCACACCCAGCUCAGAUCUGCACUAUUUCCACAGCUCCAUAUCACUCACAGCCUAGACAUAACUUUGUUUAUCCGGUCAGUUCACUGUCCCUGUUUGAGCUGCUUUUACAUUGUAUUUAUGCUUGCCUGAGUAUUCUCAUGGAAUAAACCCUUAAGGUCCUCAUGGGGUGAAGGGUAUUCAACUCUAGCAGGUGUCUGCCCUGGGAACAGUGGGAGCAAGUCAUGCUCUAGCCACUCUGAGGCACCACACACCUUGGUGGGUGCUUUGUCUUUUGCAGGGGACCCUGAGGGCCCCAUUUCUCUAAUCUGCAUGUCUUUAACUGUAAGGAACAGUGAGCAUCUUGCCUCUACAGAGAGCUUUUCUUCAGCUCUGUUAAAAGCGAGCCUCACCUGACCCACUAACAAAGUGGACCAGCGCCAGCGUCCCACAGCAGCAGAGCUCGUGCGUCCUCCCACAUCCACGUCAGCACCACUCGUGGACCAGCAGGUGCCUGGGAGCCACUGUGUGGGGACACUGAUGUCACAAAGGAUCCAGGGCAUCUUUUAUACCAAAACAGUGCUCAUUGAGGGUGGGAAGAAAAGAGUGUCGUGCUUCCUUUAUGUUCUCUGUUCGACGACAAGAGAAGUGGGGCAGGCAGCCUCAGCUGGCAGCCUCCCGCCCCGCCCCUCGUCCUCUGCUCCGUGAGACACAGAGGGCUCUUCAGGGCAAGUCCUGGGCUGGAUGCCCCAGGGCCAUCCCUGGGACCUUGGUUAGAGCGGUGUCUAUUCAGCACCUGGAACUGGGGGAACAGGAGGGAGACAAACUGUUGGGAUAUAAUCACCAAGCCACACCGACCUGGGCCAGACCCACUCUGAGAUUCAGGGUUCUGUAGCCUCAUGUGUGAAGGCUGCAUGUGAAAGUCCAAGAAAACAGCGUGGAGAUUCAGUGCACCUGAAAAACACAAGACACGGUGGUUUAAAUAACGCAAGUCCAGAAUAUGAAAGAGUUGUGACUUUGAAAUCAUAAAUAAUCACAGUCUACUGAGAGCCAGCGCUAAGAUACAGGAGUCUGUGCAGCCUAAGGUCAUUCCUUCUCCUAGCCCCCAGGGCUCCUCCAGCUCAUAGGACUGGGGGCACCCAGGCCCAGGCUUGUGCACUGGAGCUCUAGAUGCACAGUACAGAGGAGCCAGUGGAGGAUGGCUCUGCAGAGGCCCCUGUGCAAGGGGUGGGGAGGAUACAAGAGCAAGGAAACCGUGGAUCAGACAGAGCAGCCCAGGCACAAAGGUGCAGCUCCCAGCAGAACAACUGGAUAAAAGCCAGUCAAGCGAACUUGAGCUCUGACCUGUUCUCCAAGGAACAUGGAAAGCGUUUUGCAGGGCUCUGUGGACCUUAGAGGGGAGGCCAGUCAGUGACCGUGACAGAGGGUCUGGGACAGGGCCAAGGUCCAUGACCAGGAUGACUUAAGGAACAGCAGGGAGGGUCUAGGACGGCAGCAGAAGCAAGAGGCUGAAUGGAAUGAUCAGGACCCCAAGCAGCGCCACAGCUGCUCCCAGGGCUCACAGAGCCGCCUGGAGACCAGGUCGGGAACUGAGUCCAAAACCCUCUGCUACUCAGCCAGGGUGCCAGGGCCUUUUGUGUUCAACAAACCCAGAUCCCAUCCAGGCUCAGCACCAUAAGGAACUGGGGCACUGAUACAUUGGAACAGAUGGGACCCCAAAUGGGCUGGGGGCAUCCAGAGGAGGAAACAGUGUGUGUGAGCUGCAUCUGCUCCCCACUUACCCAAUCCUGGGCCAUGGAAGCCAAAGCAGGAUUAGGGACAGCUCUAUGAGACUGUGGGGUGCACAGGACCAAAACCAAGACCCAGUGGGUCAGGCUCACUGGUGUCCUUGGAGUCACCUGAUGACAACAUUGAGACACAGGGAACAAGAGAUGCCACAGAGACCCCCACCCAGGCCACCAUGUGACUAUGUCCUGGACGUGUUGACCACCAGGACCACCUGUUCUGUCUCAGAGUCACCCUGUACCCUGGAGCUGGGUACCACAAGGAUCCUGUCCCAGGGCUACUCCAUGUCCUGAAGUUGGGCAUUUAGUAACCAUUGUACCAGAAACUGUAAAAGGCAAUAGAAUAAGCAAACUGUUACAUCGCUUUAUAAGAAAAGUAAAUUAAAUCUGGAUCCUUAGUUGCAAGUAACAUUUUCACAGGUCCUGUGACAAUGCAGCCCGCUUCGCAUCACCUCCACAGUGGUUACACCCUUAAUUAGUAGGUUUUUAUGUUAUUGUAUUAUCGUAAUACUAUGUAACAUUAAUUUCACAGACAUUAUUUACCAUUCUUAUUUACUCUAUGAACUUUAAACUUGCUAUAAAAUUUCAAGUGUUCAUUCCAAUUUACCCUGUAAUUUCAUUUCUGGGAAAUCUCCUUACUUUAAUUUUCAGAGUUAUAUACAAUGAUUUGUGUAUAAGAAUGAUCAUUUGAUAUUUAUAAUAUUACUAUCCAAGAAUUGAAGAUAAUGUAAGUGUUUAAUCCUUGAAAAUGAUUAAGAAAUGAAUAUAGAAUGAAGAUUCCGGCCUGGGAAGCCCCUUGGGACAAUAGUGACUUCAAGCACUGUAUGCCGUGAGCCACCUCGGGCCUGUAGUCACUCACAUCUGCCUCCUCCCAGGAUCCCCAGGCUGGGGGAGGAGCUGGCCAUGAGCUCUAGCCGGUUCUGCCCCGAGCAACCCUAAAAGUGAAGUGCCGUUAUAGACUGGAAACUCCCCCUUGGAGCUUCCACCACUCUGCAUUCCUCCAAGUAAUUAACUCUGCCAAGCAAACCAUUCAUAAUUCAACACAAAUUCCGUGAUCCAAUUGCUUACCUAGGAAGGACAGUAAGCAAGGAAAUUCAGGGCAGCCAAUCUUGAUGCAGGGAGCAGGAGGAAGGCAGAGUCCACUGGUCCCACACAGGGGUUCUGGCACCCUGGACUUCAGCCUGGCACCUUCUGAAUACUGACACCUUUGCCUGACAGUCUCAGCCCUGUACCCUUCGUGAUAACAUAGGGUCAAUGCAUCGGGAAAACCUAAUCCUAAAUGUGCACACAGCAAGCUUAAAGACAAGUGAUACCAAGUUGAUGGAAUUAAAAAGAAACAGACAAAUCCAUAAUCACAAUUUGUUGUUGUUGUUGUUGUUGUUGUUGUUGUUUGAGACAGGGUCUUACUAUGUGGUUCAGGCUGACCUUGAACUCACUAUGUAGCCUAGGCAAUCCUGCCUUAGCCUCCCAAAUGCUGGGCUUAUAGGCAUGUGUCCCCACACAUGGCCCUAAUUGGACAUUUUAAUACACUUCUCUCUCUAAUUGAUAUGACAAGCCAAUCAAAAAAGUCAAUAAAGACAUAGAGCAUUUGAGCAAGAAUAUUAGCCAACUUGGCCUGAUUAACAUAUGUAGAGCACUCAGUAGCUUCAGAAUGUUUGCUUUUUCAAGUGCCCACUCAGUUGUUACUGACCUAAUGACUCCUGAAAAGACCCCUCUCCAAACAACCAUGGGUCAAGGUCCUGGGGUCAGGAUUCACUCAAGCACCCAGCAGCCCACAUGCAACUAAAGAGCAGAAAUUGAUGAAUUUAGAAAAAUAAAGUCAUGCAGAGUGGAUUCUCUGGCCAAGGGAAACUGAAACUAGAACUUCAUAACAAAAGAUUGUUAAAAAUCAAAUAUGUGAAAAUUGAGCAACACAUCUACUGGUAAAUAGAUCAAAGAAGAAAUAAAUCACAAGGGAAUUUCAAAACAGUUUGAACUGAAUGAUAAGAAAAGUGCACCAAAAUGUGUAGACUGCAACUGAAGUACUACUGAGAAGAAAUUUGUAGCUUAAAAUACAGAUUUUAGAAAAACAAAUGAGAAUUCGGUGAUCUAAGCUCCUAUGUAAAAUCAAAAGCUUCGACUUCAAAUAAAUAAUAAAAAUUUAGAUACAAGGAUGCACAUCACAGCAGAAACCAGAAACAUGACAGUAGAGGAACAGCUGCAUCACAGAAUGUCCUCUGCCUCCCUGUCUGCACCAUCAGCCCUCCCAGGCCUGGGCACCCCAGGACUGGGGUCCACCAUCAGGACAGGCUCUGUGCCCCUGGCUGCCUCUGAGGGCCCUGAAAGCUGCCUCUAUACCCUGCAUAGUGCUCACCUGGCCACACUGAAGGUCAGCCCAAGAGCAUCUCACCACUGCAUUUCUCUGGAGCCCAGUGUCCAGCUUUGAAAGGAGCUAAAUUACUCCACUGCUAUUCAGGUGCCUAGGGGGAUCUUCCCGGCUCACCCUGAUCCAAACCUAUUUUUUUCUUAUCUUAGGAAUUCUUGGCCCUAGAAGCCAGUGAUUUCUGUUCUGUUCAAAUUAUACUUAAACACGUCCCUAGAAUUUUGUGGUAUUGAUUUGGGGAUAAGUAUGUCCUAUCUUGAGGACUGUAAAUCAUUUUUGAUCAUUCAGAAAUUAUAAAAUAACUUGCUAAUGUGGGAUUUCACCUGCAUUGAUGGCUGGACGGUCACUCCACACAGACCCUGCCGAUGGUUCUCUGCAACCAUCUCAUCUGUGUCAUAAGCAGACAUCAAAGGCUCACUUCAGAGCACACCCAGCCCUAUCUCACAGCUCCAGCUGUCCAGGUCUCUAGAGGGUUCGGGUCACAGGAUGGCCCAGACCUCACUCCUACAGAGCAGGACUACCUCCAAUGACCAUGGGGACUCAGGCUUCCAUCUUCAGGUGGCCCAGCCCCACCUGAUCCCAGAAGCUGAUGUGCACAGGUGUCACCCUGGGAGGCGACUCCACCCCUGCUCGGUAUCACAGGUCUUAGUCAGGGCUCUGCACACAAGCAGGGCAGCCUGGCCUGUAGCUGCAUGAAUCAAGAUGAAACAACAUCUGUGUUAAUCUUUUGGUUUUACCCACAGAGUGCAAAUUAACAAGCACAGUUCUUGUUGUUUCCUCACCUGCCAGGUCAGACUAUUUCACACUUCCUCCUUUUUCCAGUUCACCCUGUAUUUGUUGAGAUCCUCCUGGGAAGCAGAGCAGGAAGAAACAAACACAGAGAGAGGCAGGGAUCCAUAGAUACACAGACACAGAUAGAUACAGAUUAGAGAGAGACUGAGAAUUGUUUCAAGGAAUUGCCCUGUGUGAUUAUGGAUGAGGCUGGCAAGUCCCAAGUCCACGGGAUGGACUGGAGUGCUGAAACCCAUGUUAUUCAGAUACCAGAGACGCUGUAAUCAUGGCCAUCCGCAGACAGAUGCAACAUAUCUACUGUGACCUCUGCAAAGCUCACGUCACAGACACACCAGGAGCUGUCACAAGGAUGCAUAGCCCAGAACACAGAAAACAGUGUCCAAUGCUCCUUAUUGCAAAAGCUCUGGAGUCUGAUUCUCAUAGCAACUCUCUUGAUUUUGCCAAGCUCUGGUCUGCACUCAGCUAACAGCUGCAUUACACAAUGAUGGGUAGUUGUUGACACUACUUUACAUGUGUGCACCAAACCAAACUGGGGGGCCCUGUCACCCUCCCAGGGACACCAACCUGUGAUGCCACAGAGCUCGUGUUUCCAUCUGAACCGGGGUGUCCAGAGCUUUAACUGGAUGUGAUUAAGUGGACCACUGGUCUCAAGUUGAAUGGACCUCCAGCCCAGCUGGGCGAUAUCUGAGGGCACAGAGCCCAGCCCUCUCGUCUUUCUGGCAUGACCAGCCGUUGUCCACAUCUUCUCAUCAGUCACUUCUUGGCAUAAACCAUGAGUGACAGCAUCUCACCUGUCACUGGGGAUUCCAGCAUCUCGCCUGACUUUGAGCUGUUACCUCCAAAAACCAAGCAAAGGCCAAGCAGACCUUCCUGCACGGGACAAGGGAGUUCUUGGCACGCCCAACUGCAGUGUUCAUUACUGCCAGCACACAGGGACAGAAGAUGUAGAAACUCCCAGGGCAUGGAUGACAGUAAAAUACAAGGGACAAGCUCUCAGCAUUUCUUACUUUUGUUUUCACUGUAAUGCAUUUAUUUUUAUAAUGGUAUUAACUAUAAUUUGUGUAAUAUGAUUUCCUUACAUGAUUAAGUUAAUUUAAUUUUUAAUAGUGACUACUGUGUUAGCUUUCUGUACCUGAGGUAAACAGCUAAAAGGAGUCAAGGGUUAUUUCUGCUCAUGGUUUCAGAGAUUUGGUCCACUGGUUAUGGUGCUGCUGUUACUGAUGAGGCAGUGCCUCAUGGCAGAGCACAUGGCAGUGCAACCAUACAGCUCAUGGCAGCCAGCAGGCAAGAAAGAGAGGAGGACCAGUGCCUUGGCAUCCCCUUGACAGCACA